AUGGCGUCUGGAAACGAAGUUAGAAGUUUUAUUGGAGGUAAUAUUGUGAGAAAUAAAGCUGUUCUUAGUUCAUUACAAUCGUGUAAGCUCAAAGAAAAUUUAAGUGUUCUUGAAGACAAGAUUGCUAAAGUCUCGUCAGGCUCUCAACUCUGGGAACAUCUACGAGGGCUUCGCGCCAUUCUGGACAGUUUGCUUGCAAAUGUGGCAUGUAGUAAUGGGUCAACACGAGUGGCAAGUUAUAUUGAAUUUGAAGAAGCAUAUCAUCUGUUCUUGGGUUAUUGUACCUUUGGAAGUACGAACAUCAAAGACACAGAUAAAAAGAAACAUUUCAAAGAAAUGCUUCUGCAUCCAAACUAUGGCCUUUGUGUUUAUCUUGUUGAUACUUUAAAAGGAAAUCUGUUUGUAAGAUCUGAUGAUCUGAAAUUCUAAGAUCUGAUGACGUUGAUCUGGAAAAUUUUUACUUACAUCUAUAUGAAGGUGGUAUUGAUAUGCCAGCCAGCCGAUUUGUUUUUCAUAAGGAAACUGUCCAAGCAUUGUAUCAAGCCCUUGAUACAGAAUGGGAUAAGAAAAUAUUACGAGUUAUUCUUGGAGCAACAAGGACAAGGGCUGAAGUAGAUGCUCUAGGUAUAGACAGUGAUUCCCAGGUUAAAUAA